GAAAGCAAUGAGAUAAUUGACAAUACUUCCAAUUGCAGUACCGAUAAUUUAAAUUAUUAAUUGUAGGCAUUCAACAAAAUAAAUACGGUAUCGAUAAUCAUGGCAGAAAGUGCCACCUACACCUGUCGCAAGUGUCAGGUUGAGUUUAACACUAAGGCAGCAGCCACUGAACACUAUGGUGGCAAAUGGCAUCAGUUUAACCUCAUGAGGAUAUUGAAGGACCUCAGUCCUAUCUCAGAGGAUAUGUACAACAAAUCUGUAUCACAGUCAGCAUUCCUGUCCAAAGGUAAAAAUCAGACCAAUGUCAUCCCUUGCAAAGCUUGCAAGAAAUCCUUCAACAGCCAGGGAUCAUUCGAGACACACCAGCGCUCCAAGAAACACAAGCAGAAUCUUGUUAAAAAAGCUGCUGAGAAUGUGCGUCGCGUGAAGAUCCAGCUUGAGAAGGAUGCUCGCAAGCAGGCCCUUCUCAGUUAUGCAAUGGUGGUAACUUCAUCUGAUGAUGUUGAAGGAGAUAUCAAAGAGGGCUCCUACUACUGCCGCGCGUGCAAGGAAGCAUUUGCUGCUCAGAAGGACUACUUGAAGCACGCCGAGACCCAGAAGCACAGCAACGCCCUCAAACUACUUAAGAUUGCCGAGGACCGCAAGAAGGAGCUGGAUGACCAAGACAAAGAGGAUGCUGCUGCAACGGCCGCGGCUCAGGCGGAGGCUGAUAUGGAGGUGGAUGACGAGGACUCGGAUGGUUGGGAAGAGGUCGACGAGAUGGAAGUAGGGGAGGAUGGCUCCACGAAAAUAGUGCCCACUGUUAACACGUGUUUGCUGUGUGGCAAAAGAUCCAAGAAAGUGGAGGACAACUUGCAGCAUAUGGAGCGUCAUCAUCAGUUCAAGAUCCCGCACCUGCAGUCCGCUGACCUCGACAGACUCAUGCCGUAUCUCUUGCAAAAGGUCAUUGUUGAUCGGAAGUGUGUGGAGUGUAGCAAGAGCUUCCAGAGCGUGAAAGGCGUCAGGAAGCAUAUGCUAGACAAGCCUCAUCUCUCCAUUUAUUUCGAAGGCGAAUAUGAUGAUUUCUUCGACCUAAAAAAGAUAUUGGCUCCGCUGACUCUGCCGUACAAGCCUGCUGAUGACGACAAUUUCGUGCUGGCGUUGCCAGACGGGACGUUCUUGACUCACCGCGACCUGAGGACUUACUUCAAGCAGGACCUCAAGCUGCUGCCUACCACGCGGGGCCUCAAGAGGCUCACGGACGGCCGUAGGGCUGUGCCAGGCGUCUCUCAUCUUGGCAGGUUUAGCAAGUCGAACUCUGAGACGAACUUCCUGGAGGUCCGCAAGGACGCUAAAAAGCGAGCGCGCAUGCUGAAGGAGGAGACGCGAGGACGCGCCAGGGAGCGCCUGCAGGUGGGCGUUAAAGCCAACAAACUGCAGCCGCACCUCCGACCCCAGGUUAUCAACGCCGGGUAAACUGCGGCGUGUGGAGCUGCCGGGGAGGGAAGACUGAGCUACAUGGAGCACGGGAUAAAUUUCACUGUAAAUUUUUCAUAUGAAGACAUCGAUAGGACUGAAAAAGAAUAAUAGGUAGAUUGCCUGACUGCUUUUUGGGUUGUGUUGGUGUGCAGUCCGUUAAUUAUUUCUCAUUGAAGACUUUGAAUCACGUACUUGUUCUAUCCUCCUUCGAUUGCUACUUGGCUGUCAGCUGUAUUUGUACACAUGAAGGCCUAAUAAUACUGAAUAUUUUUUACGAUUUACCGGCAACUCUCCGAAUAUUAAGCAGAACCCACACGAUUCUAACUUAAUGCUUGAAAAUUUGUUUCAUUACUGAGUAAGGAUUUCAAAUUUUUCUUUCUCUUCGAUCCUGCUGAUUUCAGAACGUUCCUUCCCUGUUCCAAA